UAGCAUGGCCUGGGGGUGCCCACUCCAGCUGCUGUACCCUGUGCUCAUGGUACUCCUGGCCUCAGGUUCCUGGGAUGCUGUAGAGGAGGUUCAUGAGGUGGUGGGGCAGACCCUGUCUGUGCGGUGUUGGUACCCAGCCGUGAGUGGGCCCUACGCAGCGAAAACCUGGUGUCGGCGGACAGGUAUAGAACAUGGGUGUAACAGAAUGGUCACCACCUCCCGGCCCCGGACGGCAGCCGAGGUGUCCCGAUUUACCAUCUGGGACGACCCGGGGGCCGGCUUCUUCAUUGUCACCGUGGCUCAACUGCGGGAAGAGGAUUCCGGAGUUUACUCGUGCGGAAGCUACAACCCUUUCUCCGAUGAGGUCACGGCGUUCAGAAACAUUAGCCUAGUGGUGGCUCCAGUUCUGACGGCUUCUCCAUCAGAGACCACCGACCCUUCCACCCUUGGUUUUGAGCACAGGAAUUCAAGUUCUCCCUUGUGCGGUGGCUGGACUUCCCCCAGGCUCCUGGUGGUCUCUGUGUCCUAUGGACUCCUAGCAAUCAAGGGCCUGGCACUGUCAGCUCUGUGUGUGCUCCUGGGUCGUUGGCGCUGCCAGGGCUAGAAGGACACUUUGGGCACAGCAAUGAUGGAGAGCUCUGAUAAUGCCAGCCCAGCCC